UUGCGGUGGCAAGCCCAUUUGGAGUUCACGCAUAAUCACACAGUAGGUGAUCUUACAUGGGAGCUAAUUGCACCAGUCCUUACACGAUCUGAACGUUUGCGGGGUCUCGUACUGGGCGGCAUUCCUCAUAGCAUGAGGCCACAGCUAUGGAUGCGUCUGUCUGGAGCACUUCAAAAGAAGAGGACCUCUGAGAUCUCUUACAAAGAAAUAAUCAAGAACAGCUCAAAUGAUGACACCUCCAAUGCUAAACAGAUAGAGAAGGACUUAUUGCGGACAAUGCCUACUAAUGUGUGCUUCAGUAACCUAACAAGUGUUGGGGUUCCACGGCUGCGGCGGGUACUUCGUGCUUUGGCCUGGCUUUACCCUGAUAUUGGGUACUGUCAGGGAACUGGCAUGGUUGUUUCCUGUCUGUUGCUCUUUAUGGAGGAGGAGGAUGUGCUGUGGAUGAUGUGUGCCCUGAUUGAAGACCUCCUCCCUCCAUCGUACUUCUCUUCCACACUUUUGGGUGUCCAAACAGACCAAAGAGUGCUUCGCCAGCUCAUUGUUCAGUACUUGCCAGCCCUUGACCGCCUUUUGCAGGAGCAUGACAUUGAACUGUCGCUGAUUACAUUACACUGGUUCCUGACAUCCUUUGCUAGUGUGGUGGACAUCCGAUUGCUGCUCAGGAUAUGGGACCUACUUUUCUACCAGGGGUCCAUAGUGCUAUUUCAAAUCACACUGGGCAUGCUCAAGAUAAAGGAGGAGGAGCUUAUAUCGUCGGGGAAUUCUGCGUCCAUUUUUAACACUCUGUCUGACUUGCCAAGCCAGUUGAGAGAUGGGCCUGCAGUUCUUGGGGAAGCUAUGAGGCUAGCAGGAAAUCUGUCCCAGGACACACUCGACGCACACCGGCACAAGCACCUUGCCUACAUCCUAAAUGAACAGGCCCAGCUCAACAGUGGAAACACACCGCUCAAUUCUAAUUUCAACAAGGUGGUGAGGAGACAGUCUUUGCGUAGAAAGUCCACUCUUACCUCUCUGCUAUUUGGGGAAGAUGAGGCCGAAGCUCUCAAGUCCAAAAAUAUCAAGCAGACUGAGCUGGUUGCAGCCCUUAGAGAGGCCAUAACACGCACUUCAGAGCAUUUCCACUGCCUUGACCCACGUCACUCCAGCGCUGAGCUGACACCUGACUACUCCAUGGAGAGCCACCAGCAGGACCAUGAAAAUUUCCUAGUGGUGUCCCGAAACCGACGGAGACGAGCGAAGGCGUUGUUGGAUUUUGAGCGGCAUGAUGAUGAUGAGUUGGGCUUCAGGAAGAAUGACAUCAUCACUAUCGUCUCACAGAGGGACGAACACUGCUGGGUUGGAGAGCUCAAUGGCCUUCGAGGCUGGUUCCCUGCAAAGUUUGUGGCAAUCCUUGAUGAAAGAAGUAAAGAGGCCAUUUUUCUGCAUGGGCUCAAGAAACCUUCCAUUUUGGGUGGGCCUUGUCACCCGUGGUUAUUUAUAGAAGAGGCAGCCAGCAGAGAGGUGGAGAGGGACUUUAACUCGGUCUACUCCAGACUGGUGUUGUGUAAAACCUACAGGUUAGAUGAAGAUGGGAAGGUUCUAACGCCAGAAGAGCUCCUUUACCGAGCAGUGCAGUCAGUAAACAUGAGCCAUGACGUGGCUCACGUUCAGAUGGAUGUCAAGUUCAGGUCUCUUGUUUGCGUUGGUCUCAAUGAGCAGGUGUUGCACCUAUGGCUCGAGGUGCUGUGUUCUAGCAUGGCGGCUGUAGAGAAAUGGUAUCAUCCAUGGUCAUUUCUUCGCAGUCCUGGAUGGGUUCAGAUCAAAUGUGAACUCAGGGUCCUUUCAAAAUUUGCCUUUAGUCUCUCUCAAGAUUGUGAAUUACCUGAGCAGAAAGAGGAGCAGAGGCCACUUAAAGAGGGUGUGCAGGACAUGCUGGUGAAACAUCAUCUCUUCAGUUGGGACAUUGAUGGCUAG